UCUUAUUAUGUCUUAUGGAAAUACAUAUAGAAACACAAUUAUAGCAAUUAACUUAACUAGAGUUUUAUUUUCAUUUGCUGGACAAAGUUAAAUAAUUAUUCUUGUGCAAACAAAGACUGAUUUUUUUCUCAGCUUUGCCAGGCUGUCUUCCUUCCCCCACCAACUUUUAACCUCUCGAAGCUCAGUGUCAUCGUGUUGCUAUGUGGUGCAUCCCUGCUCCUUCGGGUUCACCUCUCGGUGGCACAGGUCAGACGCUCGGUGAUGAUUAGGAGGCGCACGGACGCCGCAGACGUGCAAAUGUUUUCGUUGACGGAGAGACGGGACAUUUUCCAUCGCGGCGCAUUCAACGUGCUCGGUGGCCAACUUCACAUGAUGCGCCGCCAUCCACAAAGCGCACUCUGUGUGGGGCACAGACCCACCGUUUGUCCUCCCCCCCAUCCCUCUUUAGCAUUUUAAGCCUUCUCCUCCCCGAGCGGGUGACCCCCACCGACCGAGAAGGAGAUUUUCUAAAUAUUUCACAACUCCCACGGAACCCCAGUGGCUAUGAGGUUGUUGGUCCCCGCUCUCAUCUCUCACAAAGACCGGCUUGUCUCCACUCAUUGGCUGCGUAUCGCUGGUAGAAGGCUGUGGUCGAUGUCGACAGAGAUUGCGGAUACCGAACCAACCGGGUCACCCACGAGUGCUGAUGGGGGCUCAGCGUGAGCUCGUUCUCAUGAAUCCUUAUCAUCAAGUUCAUCUGUGUUAAUAAUAACUGUUUCAGAAUCAACUGAUAUUAUUAUUAGAUUUAUUUUCUUAUAAAUAUAGAGAGAGUGUAAACACAACUCAUGCUAUAUAAAAAAUCUACUUCAUAAUAUAUUAAUAGAUAGAUUGAUAAAAGACUACAUGGAAAUAUACAAUUAUCAAGAAAAGAGUGACAGACUCUAUAUAUAUAAGAGCAACAGGGGUUUUAAAGCAGGUGCCAGUGCAGGAAACAUGCUACAGUUUGACCCAAGGUGCCAAACAUGCAGAUGAACCCUGAAGCGACAGCUUGAGUCAACGCAGAACGCACACCUCCCAGGAAGGGAGCUCCACCCCAGCUACGUAUUCGUCUAGUCAACAUACCACUUUAUUUAGGUUUUUCCGUCCCGCAGCCGUCCAGGCUGCAGUUCUGGAGUUCGGGACGCAUUCCAAGUCCCGCUUCCCAUAGCGGCCCCGGCCCCUGCUGCCAGAUUGGUUUUCACACAGUCCCGGGCCCCUCCCAGCCACCACGGCGAUGCAGCUGUCACCUGUCACUUUCAUGGCGGGGAUGCGCUUCGGGCCCUGUUGCGGCUCAGAAUAGAAUUGUGGGAGAGCUUUGCUGGAGGUGGGUGAGCACAACCCUACGAGAGUCUAUGAGAGAAUGAGCAGUUGACCGGGGAAAACAUCUCAACUAUAUGGGAAUGUGGAAUAUGUGUGUUUGGAGGUCACGGGGUGUUGUUCAGGGGAGUGACUGCCUGCUUCUACAGGGACAGUGCUUCACGAUUGUUUGAUGGCCGUCCACCCUGAGCCUUGAUCUGCCCGAGGUUUCUUCCCCUCCACCGUUGCCUAGUGACCUUCCUCUGAAGUUGAAUUUUUCUCCUCUCAUGUUGUUUAUUUUCUGCUAUAUGGAUUACCGUGUCUCUCUUCCCUUGCAGAAUGGACGACCAGGACCGAGUAAGCCAAGCGUCCAGCGUAGCUACUAUCUCCUACUUCCCAGUCAAGGAAAGUGAUGGCAAGGUGCAAACAUUUGGUAAAAGAUGCCAGGCUGCCAGGAGAGACCCCAACUGCCCUGUGGUCAUUAGAGGAUGGCUGAACAAAAAGGACAGCUCUGGCUUGAAACUGUGGAAAAGAAGAUGGUUUGUCCUCUCCAACUACUGUCUAUUUUACUAUAAAGACAGUCGAGAGGAGUCCGUGCUGGGCAGCAUCCCUCUGCCCAGCUACAAGAUCCUGUUCUGCACCCCGCGAGAAUGCAAGAACAGAAAGUUCACCUUCAAGGUGGUGCACCAGGGGAUGCGCUCCUAUUUCUUCAGCGCUGAUACUCAGGAAGACAUGUUAGGGUGGGUUCGAGCCCUCACUCAGUCUGCAGCGAUGGAGGCAGACAGCUCAAUGACCAGGCGCUGCUCCAGCUAUCAGGAUUUCACACAGAUCGGUGGCAGCAGUGAAUCAGUGGAUUCCCCCAGAUCCCCCUCUGAUGGAGAGGGUCCGACCCCAAAGCACAGGCACGUCAGCAGGACUCUGAGCGAACCCAGCCAGCUCGCCGGCAGGAGGCCGGGCGCGCACUCGGAGCAAAGGGGCCGACAGGCUGCGCGCCACCGAAACAGCAGCCCUUCAAACAGGACACCCAGCCCUCGGGAGCUCAGCAGAAGAAGAGCUGGUGGUUCGAUCCAAGAGGGGGAUUCACCACCCGCACACGCGGAUAUGAUGGGAACAGGUUCUUUGACCUCCAGAGGUCAGCUGGGGUCACGGCCUCAUACCCCAGUGGGAAGGGUUGACAUUCGACCCCACGACGACCCGCUCAUGAUUCCACAGACACUGUAUUAUGCACCUGCCUCACCUAAGCUUGAGUUCAAAUCUACUCCUAAUACUCCAGUGACAGAAAGGUGGCAAAAUCUGAGCAAGCCUACGCCUACAUAUGGGUCAGUCCACCACCUCCCAGGUGGAAGAAAACCUUUAGGAAAGAGUUACACCACAGGGGCACAUGCAGACUUACUGCCCCCUUUACCCCCCUCAUCGAGAGCCGCACACGCUCCUCACCACCCACACCACCACCAUCACCACCAUCACCACCACCCCAGCCAUUUAUCAGUUUGUGUGCUCCCGCCAGCUAUGGCCCCAAAGUCUGACCCGAGGGAAGCGCCAGCAAUCAGACCCCUCGAAAGCGAUGCAGAUGCUGUGUUGACCAGGUUAUGUGGUUGUGCCAAGCUGCUACAGUCUCUGUCUGUGGAACUGGACCAGCUGCAAAUGGAUAAGGACGGGGUCCACUGUGCGUUAGAAGUGUCCAGACUGCAGCUGGAGGAGUGGCAGGGCCACGGGUCCCGAGCCCAGGAGGAAGCUCUGACCCAGAAGGCUUUGCUUCAAGAAGAGCUGGUCACCAUCCGGGCCAGAAUGUGUGACGUGUCGGUGGAGAUGGAGAGGGUGUGGAGUCAGUAUGAGAGGAUGGAGAGUGAACUGUCUGUGAUCCGCUCACACCUCCAGCACAUCUGUAACUUUGGAAUGCCACAGGAGCAGUCUCAGGCUCAGAGAGAGUUGUGGAUGAUGGAGGACAUCCUAGCGGGGCUGAAGCUCAACAGGGACCACUUCUGUUUUCUGCUGGGGCUGGAGAGGCACCACAUGUUCCAGCCACAUCCUGGGUCCCCCGGCUCGCCCACAGAGAGGCUGCUGAACGAACUGCCAAUGGACAUGGAGCUAGAGCCACCAGCCCGCCCACCACUACCUCAGGAGCUACAGGAAGGCCUUCAGAGCGGGGAUCAGGGUUACGGAUACACAGAACUGCUGUCUGAGGGACCAUAUGGACACAUCGUUGGUCCUGCACACACAAGAGGGAGCAGCCAGCCUAACCUCCUGAAUGUAAAAGCGCAGAAAGAAUUAUCUGACCCUCAGCCUGGUUCAAAGUGGAUCCCACUAGAAACAACCAACCAAACCAAGAAGAUUAAAAUGAGUGGGGAAGAGCAGAUUGAGAGGAUGAAGAAGAAUCAGGAGAGGCUGAUUAACAAGAAGAAACCUUGCUUAGGUACUCCAGGACUCCAGACUCAAACUGAAAGCCAGAGUUCAGAAACACGAGAGGAGGCGCCCUUCCCUAUAAGGGUGACCCGAGUGGUCACGGCCGUACUGCCAACCUCUCUCGUGGCCAGACGGGUUUCUGUCGAGGACCCACCGGUUGAGCUCGAUGCUCGACUGCCUGAGCAGAUCCCCCCGGAGAUGCAGCAAAGUCAGGCUGAGCAGAGUAAAAUGCUGAACAGAUCGCCCAAGCGGCUGCUGUUGGAAAGCCCUGAUCAGGCCCGGUGCUCAAAAACGGGCAGACAGCGACACCAGGAAGUCCUGAGGUCCUUCAAGAACGAGUCAAAGCCAGAUAUGAGCAGGAAUAACGCUCCAGACCAAGCAGGUUCAGCAGCUGAAGGCACAAGCUCUGACAGCAGGGUGGAGGAACGGGCCUCUGCCCUUUUGACCUCUGACAUGGACCCCGACCUUGGUCUGACCCCUGAGCAGCGUGAGGCCAAACUCAGACGGGUGGAGCGGAUACGGGAGAGAGUCAUACGAAGUACAGUCAGGGAGAAAGCUCCAACGUACGGUCAAAGCCCCGUCAUGGCGGAGCGGCAGCAGAUUCAGCAGGCGUCCCCUGGCUCAUUAAGAAACCAAGGCAUGGACUCAGGUCAGAAAUCCAGUGGGGAUAGCAUCAGCUAUCCUGCAAAACCCCCGUUUUCUAAUCAAACAACCCAGGUCGAAGACAGAAGAGGUGGAUGUGGAAAAAGGCCAGAAAGUCAAGUUAAGUUUGGGAACAAACCGCAGCACAAAGGCCACAGUGUCAGAACCAAAAGCAAACGCCCAGCUUCGCCGUAUCACAUCUCUUCUAUGACUGUCUACCAGAAGGAUGGAGGCAAAGGCUUUAUGAGAUACCAUAAUAAAGAGGGGAAAAAGGUGGAAGACCCUGCUGUUGCUGCUGCUGAUGACGAAAAUAGUGUUUCUUCCGACCUGAGAGCGAAAUGGUUCCUCUCCACCAACCAGUGGCAGGGUUUUAUUCCUUUGCAGAUCCCUGGUAUGGACCCGCUGUGCAACGAGGAGGUUCCAGACCACGACAGUCAACCAGCUGGACCUGAAGAUGUGACCGAUUCCACUGAAAUGUCGUCCGCAGUGAGCGAAAGCUUGGAGAAAAUGAGAGAGAACCAUUCGCUUUUCUAUAAGAUCGCCUGCGAUAUCAGCAUUUCAGACACAGACAUAACAAAUAACGAUGGGAAUGUGAAUCCGCAUGCGUCAUCUAAGAUAGAAGAGGGGGAAAAAUGCUCAGUCGUGGAAUCUGCACCCGAGGAAGAAGCAAGUAAUGCUGGCAGAUCUUCUAACCAAGGCAGCGAGGAGUCCAGUUCAGCUUCAUCCUCUAAUAACAAUAGCGGCGGUGCAGGAAAAGAGUUACAUGUUUAUGAAGAGAUCCCCCAAAAAGAGGGUGAGGCCGCGUCAAGGCUGGAAAACCGAGGAACUCCCCACGAAGCUUCUGCCUCUGCAGAUGCUGAUAAUGAUCAGGCCCUGCAGGGAUGUGAAGAGCCAAGAAGAGCGCAGGUGGACAAGGAGCGACGUGAGGACCUGAAGAAGUCCAGGAGCUUCAGCGAGGAGAACGAACGGGGCGGCGGCGCCGCGCGCGGGGGAGGAAGCGUGAGCCGGAGCGCCUCCUUCGGGAAGACGCGACUCACGGUGUUGAGGACGAGCCUGUAGACGAACGAACAGGGGGAGGACGAGGACACGGCGCAGUUAUUUAUGGUAAAAUGAGUGUAAAGACAUUAAACUGACUGUGAUUUAGAAAAAGUAAAAGGGGAACAUACAGUGACCUGAAAAUUAACACUAUUAUUAUUAUUAGUUGUUUGCUUUAGAUAAAGAAUAAGUAAUACAAAAUAUAUAUAAGAUAAUUAAGUUUACUGUGAUCGAAUACGUGUUUGCUGUUUGCAGUUAACACUUUCAUUCCUCUUCGAACAUGUGUGUAACAUAAGGUCGACCUCAUGGACGGUGGCUGCUUUUGAAUGGAACAUAACCCCGCUGUUCACGCUGUAACGCCGUGUGUCUUGUAUUUAAAUGUCCUGAUUAAUAAACGUGCUGUGUGCCACACAUCCA